AUGGCGGGGUCGACAUCGUUCUCGUCUCCGUUGUGCACGUGGCUGGUGGCGGCGUGCAUGUCCGUCACGUGCGACCAGGACCACCGGACCAGUGCACACGCGUUCCGUUCCUCCUCCUCAAGCUCCAAACUCACCACCAGCCGCAGGCGGAAGCUGCUUCUAUCCAAAUGUAACGCCGCCGCCGCCACAUCCGCCGUCGCUGCUACUUCCCACUCGCUCUCCAGUCGCUUCGUCUCUUCUCUCUGUGGAUCCAGCUUUCAAGAUUUGAUGAACUCUUGCUUGGCCUUCGAGCCUUGCAGCCAGUACUACACCUCCAAUGGCGCCUUCCGAUCCACAAAUCUCAACCGAAGGCAGAGGCGACUCGGUCGCCCUUCUUAUUCUGGAGAAGCAAUGGCCGUUGCUGUGCAACCUGCAAAGGAGGUUGCAACCAAAAAGAAACCUGUUACUAAGCAAAGGCGAGUGGUUGUGACUGGGAUGGGUCUUGUGUCUCCACUUGGUCAUGAUCCAGAUGUCUUCUACAAUAAUCUGCUGGAAGGUUGCAGUGGCGUAAGCGAGAUAGAGACAUUUGAUUGUGCUAAAUUCCCAACAAGAAUUGCUGGGGAGAUCAAGUCUUUUUCAACUGAUGGAUGGGUUUCACCCAAAUUUUCUAAGCGAAUGGAUAAAUUCAUGCUUUACAUGCUCAUUGCGGGGAAAAAGGCUUUGGCAGAUGGUGGUAUUACUGAGGAUGUAAUGAAUGAGUUGGAUAAAGCUAAAUGUGGUGUUCUAAUUGGCUCAGGAAUGGGUGGCAUGAAGGUUUUCAAUGAUGCCAUUGAAGCUCUAAGGGUCUCUUACCGAAAGAUGAACCCGUUCUGUGUACCAUUUGCGACCACAAAUAUGGGUUCUGCUAUGCUUGCAAUGGAUAUUGGUUGGAUGGGGCCAAACUAUUCUAUUUCGACAGCUUGUGCUACAAGUAACUUCUGUAUACUAAAUGCAGCCAACCAUAUUAUUAGAGGCGAAGCUGAUGUUAUGCUUUGUGGUGGCUCAGAUGCAGCUAUUAUUCCAAUUGGUUUGGGAGGCUUUGUCGCUUGCAGAGCGCUCUCUCAGAGGAAUGAUGAGCCUACCAGAGCUUCACGGCCUUGGGAUAAGAAUCGGGAUGGAUUUGUUAUGGGUGAAGGAGCUGGUGUUCUGCUUCUUGAAGAGCUAGAACAUGCCAAGAGGAGAGGUGCCACCAUAUACGCUGAGUUUCUCGGGGGAAGCUUCACUUGUGAUGCCUAUCAUAUGACUGAGCCACGCCCUGAUGGCUCGGGAGUCAUUCUUUGCAUAGAGAAGGCUUUAGCACAGUCUGGAGUAUCCAAGGAAGAAGUCAACUACAUAAAUGCACAUGCUACAUCAACUCCUGCUGGAGACCUUAAAGAGUAUCAGGCUCUGAUGCAUUGCUUUGGCAAAAAUCCUGAUUUGAAGGUGAACUCUACGAAGUCUAUGAUUGGUCACUUACUUGGAGCAGCUGGAGCUGUGGAGGCAAUUGCUGCAGUACAGGCAAUACGAACAGGAUGGGUUCAUCCAAAUAUCAAUCUGGAAACUCCUGAUGAGGGGGUGAAUACGAGCGUGCUGGUCGGGCCGAAGAAAGAAAGACUGGAUGUGAAAGCUGCGCUAUCGAAUUCGUUCGGGUUUGGUGGUCACAACUCGUCAAUCAUUUUUGCUCCGUACAAGUGA